UGUGAUAAUAUAAGAACAAGCCACAGAAGAGCAAAUAAAAACAGAUAAACGCCAAAAUGUCCUGACCUACCUUGCAAGAAACCCGCCAUAUUUUCGAAGACCUCAGGCUUCUGGACACGUGAUCUUGGAUUGUACUGGGCCGCGGGAGAAUGGGAAGAGUAACCUUGCGUAAUAUGAGCGGUUACCAAUGCAAAAAGUGAUGCCUGGAUGUUUUCGCCUUCGAAUUUUAUCCCAUGAUAAUAUUCUUGAGAAGAAGCAAUUGUUGUCGUGUUUUGAGGCCCUGAAAGUCCCUUGAAGGAAGAAGGUUUUGUGUAAACUAGCGAAAGAUCUCUUUAAAGCCUUAUCGGAUUGAAGAUCAUCGCUGAAACAAGAAGAUGGAAGCCGAUGAUAGAUUUGCACGUGUUGCCCAGGAUCCCAGAUUCAAGAAAAUCUCGCGAAAAGAGAGGAAACUUAAGAUUGACGGACGAUUUCAGAAAAUGUUUACGGACAAGAACUUCACAACAAAAUAUUUUGUUGACAAGCGUGGCUCCAAAGUUAAAAAAACAUCAACAGAAGACCUUCACAAAUUUUAUGAAAUGUCUGAUGAAUCUGAUAAAGAAGUGGAAGAAAAUGAAUUAAAACUGCAAAAGAAAAUCCAAAAAGAACUAGCAGGGGAAGAUGUUGUCAAGAGUAAAGCAAAGAAGGAAGAAAAACUUGAGAAGAAGGGCAAAAAGGUUAAGGGAAAAAAGAAGCCUCAGAAAUCCCACAGUGGUGAAGAAGAAAGUUCUGAUGAAAAUACUUCCGAUGUGAAACAAGCUAAACAAACAAAAGGGAGGCAUCAAGAUGAUAGCCAUGUUAGCUCAGAAGAAGAGGUUGAUGUCAGUAGAGGAGAGGGCGACAUGCAGUCAUCAUCUGAUGAGGAAGACGCAGAAAAUCUCGGAUUUGAAAUAACACAGGAAGAUAUUGAACACCCUUGGGGUGAAAUGGAUGUUUCAACCAAAACUACUGAAGCUGCAACAAGACGUCUUGCUGUGUGUAACCUUGACUGGGACAGAGUGACAGCAACUGAUCUGUUUGUUUUGUUCAAUUCCUUUAAACCAAGAGAUGGUGUUAUUGAGUCAGUCAAGGUAAUAAUGGAUACUAGUAAGAUAGUAUUGCAUAUAAUAUUUAGUCAUGAAUUGUUACUAGUCAUCACAAAAUGUAAACAUUUUNACAAUGAUUCAUCUGAAGAUGAAGACAAGAAGAUUGAGAAGUAUAAGGAACUUUUGAAGGAGAUUCAAGACAAAGAGCGCAAGUCAGACAGGGAUCAAGAAUUAGAGAUCACUUGGGAACCAGGCCUGCGAGAAACCACGGAGGAUCUGGUAACUAGUAAGAUGAAAGAGAAAGAGAGGAAAGAGAUGACGCCAUGGGAAUCUUAUCUGCAAACUAAAAAGGAAAAGAAGAAAGAGAAACGAAAGGGAAAAGAGGCCUCAAAGAUCAAUUCCACGGCGAAUGAAUCUGAUGAAAGUGACGAGAUUCCUUCUGACGUUGAUUUAUCAGAUUCUUUCUUCAGUCAAGAGAUUAAUGCUGGAAUAAGUAAUAAAAACAAAACUAACAAGGUAUCCACAGGCAAAACAAAGAAAAAACGAAAAGGAACAGCACCGGAAACUGAAGAGGACAGAAAGGCAAAGGAGGAGCUUGAAUUACUUUUAAUGGACGAAAAAGAUGAUCGCCGGCAUUUCAGUCUAAAAGGAAUAAUGGAGAAUGAGAAGAAAAGCAAAAAGAAGCGAAAAAGAAAAGCGAAAGACGAGGAAGUUGUGGACGACAGUUUUAACGUCGACUUAGAGGAUUCUCGGUUUGACGCGCUGUUCACCUCACAUCAUUUCGCUGUAGAUCCGUCAGAUCCGCAAUACAGGAAAACGAAGGCCAUGGAAACGAUCAUAGAGGAGAGACAAAAGAGGAGAGAAAAAACAGACAACACCCAGACGAGACACGAGAGAGGUGACCUUGACUUGAAUGCACAGCACCUGUGUGUUCAAAAAAACUCAUAUCGAGGCUCUUGUUUUGUCACUCUACUUCCAUAUAACGUUACGUUUUUUUUUCCUAGCUUGUCGCUGCUUGUUAAGUCUGUCAAGUCGAAAACAGGACAAUUUCACGAACAGAAGAAGAAAAAGAAAGUAAAGCACGCGUGAAAGGCUCGGAAUGAUACGCUGACAUCGAUACUGCUUAGCGCCACUGGCAUCCUCCCAGUUCCUGCUCCGUCAAGUCACUUGGUGCGAACACUGGGACCUGAAUUCUUUACGUGGACCUUACAAAUGAGCCCGCAGUCUCCGAGAAAGGUGUUGCUAAGUAACAUAUGUACGUCGGACCUCGUGAUUCAAGAAUACGAUUCGGAAACUCUUCAGUAGCGUAAGCGAGGAUAAAGCCGGCUGGAAGUGACUGGA